AUGUUGCCGAAGGCGGACAGCAGCAGUUUCGUGCUCUUCUCUCUGCUCUUUGUCCUCACGUUGACGGACCCGCCAAGGCCGGGUGCCCGGCUAGCUUUGGCAAGAUUAUUGUCAGAGCAGCGCUGCAGCCCCGGGCAGUUUGCCUGCCGCAGCGGGAAGAUGCAGUGCAUCCCCAUAUCGUGGCAGUGCGACGGCUGGACGGCGUGUGAGGACCAGAGCGACGAGAUGGACUGUCCCCCUAUAAAAGAAGAACGCUUCCGUUUCGGCCAAGGUUACGAUCAGGUGGAGGAUGUCAUCGGCGUGGCUCAGCCUGUGCGCUUCAACAAGAAAUGCCCGAGCGGGUGGCACCACUACGAGAAGACGGCCAGCUGCUACAAGGUGUACCUGCGCCGCGAGAACUACUGGGAUGCUGCCGACACGUGCCAGAAAGUAGACGGAUCGCUGGCCACCUUCGUCACCGACGAGGAGCUCCAAUUCAUCCUGAAGAUCGAGGUGGACUUUGACAAGCAAGUGUGCGAGCUCAGAGACCAGUGCAAGUUCUGGGUGGGCUACCAGUAUGUGAUCACCAACCAGAACCACUCUGUGGAGGGACAUUGGGAGGUCGUUUAUAACGGUCCCGUGCAGGUGUUCCUGCCGCCCGACGGCCUCCCCAACCUAGGCGAGGCUAACCAGGACACGGUUUUCUGCGCGCAGCUGCAGCGUUUCCAGCUCAAGAGCAUGAACGAGCGCGGCCUGCACAGCUGGCACGCCGAGAACUGUGGCGAGAAGUUCCCUUUCCUUUGCAAACGUAAGCAAACGUGCGUGGACAUCAAGGACAACGUGGUGGGCGAGGGCUACUAUUUCACUCCCAAAGGCGACGACCCGUGCCUGAGCUGCACGUGUCACGACGGCGAGCCCGAGAUGUGUGUGGCGGCGCUGUGCGAGAGGCCGCAGGGGUGUCAGCACUUCCGCAAGGACCCCAAGGAGUGCUGCAAGUUCACGUGCCUGGAUCCGGACGGAAACAGCCUGUUCGACUCCAUGGCUAGCGGCAUGCGUCUGAUCGUCAGCUGCAUCUCGUCCUUCCUCAUCCUGUCUCUGCUGCUCUUCAUGGUGCACCGGCUACGGCAGCGACGGCGGGAGCGCAUCGAAACGCUCAUCGGGGGAAACCUGCAUCACUUCAACCUGGGCAGACGCGUCCCGGGCUUCGACUACGGGCCGGACGCCUUCGGCACGGGCCUGACGCCGCUGCAUCUGUCGGACGACGGCGAGGGAGGCGCUUUCCACUUCCAGGAGCCCCCUCCGCCCUACGCCGCCUACAAGUACCCCGACAUCCAGCACCCCGACGACCCCCCACCUCCCUACGAGGCCUCCAUCAACCCCGACAGCCUCCUCUACGUGGACCUCAGACACGGCGGGGUGCCGGUGAUUCCGCCCGUACCGCCGACGGACGUGCUCCGGCGAGCCCCCGCCGGCCAAGUCCGAGAGGACUCCGUGGACAGCGGCACCCUCCUGGUAGGACCCGACACCCCCGUGGACGCCGAGGACGACUCGGCGCCGCCCGUCGACGCCUCGCCGUCGUCCCUCAGCACCGCCGUUUAG